AUGCGGCUUGCGAACCUUCUCCGGCUGCCGUCCUCGCUGCUCCUCGCAUCACUCACCCUCGCCAUCGCCGCGCUUCCGGUCAGCUCGGACGAGGUAGAACUGCUCGUGCUCACUCCCGACGACUUCGACAAGACGGUCGCACAUGGGGUAUGGUUCGUCGAGCACUUCUCGCCGUACUGUGGCCACUGCCGCAACUUCAUGCCCACAUGGAAGCAGCUCGUCCAAGAGAACGCGAACAUGUCCGACCCGGGCAUUCACCUCGCGCAGGUGAACUGCGCUGUCCACGGUGACCUCUGCAAAGCUCAUGGCGUCGACGGGUACCCUCAAAUGAAUCUUUACCGCGAUGGCGCGUUCGUCGAAAUGUACCGGCAGCCAAGAUCCUACGACAUUCUCACAUCAUACCUCUCCGAGCACGCGGAGCCGACUUCGCUACCGGCGCUGCCUGAGACGACCGAGGUUCCGGUCGUUACUGCUGUACCCGACCCUGUACCCCAGCUCAAAGUGCAAGAGUACAGGGAUACGUACAAGCCUACUGUUCCUGUGAAGGACCUCAACCCGGAUGGGAAGGUGCUCGCUCUCGACGACAAGACCUUCCAAAGCGCGGUGGACGAAGGUCACGUAUUCGUCAAGUUUUACGCGCCCUGGUGUGGGCACUGCAAAAAAUUGGCGCCUAUCUGGGCGCAGCUCGCAGAGAAGAUGCAGCACAAGCUCGCCAUCGCUGAAGUCAACUGCGAAGCGCAUGAUUCGCUAUGCCGAGCGGAGGGCGUACCAGGCUUCCCGCAGCUCAUAUACUACGGAGGCAAGGGCGCAGGCAAGGUUGAGUAUACUAGCGGGCGCAAGCUCGAGCAGCUGAAAGCCUUUGCGGAGAAGGUUUCAGGACCGCCGAUUCAGGAGCUGUUCUAUCAGGACCUCAGCGCGCGUAUCGAGGAGUAUCCCGUACUGUAUCUUCUGCUUCAUCCCUAUUCUGACGGCGCCGUAGUUAAUGACGUCGUAGAAGCCGCUCAGGCUCUCUUUGGCUCGCCCCCAGUCUUCACGUCGGCGGCUCCCCAGUUGUACGAACACUUCAACGUACAACCUGACUCCGCCGUGGUUCUCGCACUGAAGGACCACGACGCCGUCCCGGCCACCGUCUACCGACUCCCCGCAACACGGUCGGCAAGCGACAAGGCCGCUCUCGUCGACUGGUUGCUGAAGAACCGCCUCCCGACGAGCAUGGCGCUCGACUCGGACACGUUCCAGGACGUCAUGAACGCGCCCCACAAGCCGCUCGUCCUCCAAGCCACCGCCGCCGACGUCCAGCGCAUCGCGAAGCAGUGGCGGAACGCGAAGGGCGGGCCGGGCGUGACGUUCGUCUGGAUGGACGCGGACAAGUGGGCCAAGUGGCUCAAGGGCAUGUACGGCAUCCAGGCGGACAAGGAGGUCCAGGUCGUCGUUGCGGAUCACUCUGGUUUGGUCUACUACGACGUGGAUCAAUACGGCGCGAAGAUCCAGCUCACGACCACCAGCGUGUUCUCCGCGAUCCAAGGCGCACAGGCAGCAACGAUCCCCUACAAACAUUCAGAGAACAUCGUCGAACGCAUGGCUCGGUACCUGAACGGCAAGUUGACUUCCAUCGAGUCGUCUGUGCUGCUGUACCCUUGGCGCACGAUGUCCUUCAUUGUUCUCGGUAUACUUGUCGUAGUUUUCCUUGCACGACGGCUCUUCAGCUCAGACGUUGAUGCAGGCCAUGGGGUUUAUCGCAAAUCGGACAGGCUAGAUUAGCAUUUAUAUAUAUAUCGUUUGCCGUCGUGACAUCGUCAUGUUCUAGGAUAAUCCGUAGUACUUUUCGUCCGUAUUAGCCAGGUGAUACAGUAUCAGCGCAGUUGACUAUGCUACAAUGGAUGGAUGGGACGACAGAUGCAGCAUACAUGAACACAACCCGAAUGCAAGCUCCCUUUCAACAUUCAGCACCUCACUCAGGCUCAGCCCAAGGAGACACCGAAUCGUCGAGGAGGAUACCACUAAUACGAUUCAACACGGCCGGGGGGAAUUGUCUAAUGCAAUUAAAAUUAGCUCGGAGCCGUCUCCGGGAGCAAGUGAUGACGAACCUUGCCUGCGCUCGGUCAAGGAGUGCGAUGGCCUCAUCCCGGUUGCGGUGACCCAGUUCUGCCCGCACCAUGGCCUCCCAAGUCGAGGG